UUGGAAUCUUACACUGCUUGGCUAAGUUAACACUAAAUAUAGACCAGCAGUUUCAUGCUGGGGUUUAUGGGCUUUAUAGGAGCACCGUGUGCUGAAGGGAGGCAGAGAAAGAGCUACAGAAUUUCUAGAAGGUCAUUAUAGUUGCUUCUGAAUAACUUGUUUUUCCUGGUAACCUAGCAGUCAAAGCUCACAUUUUUGGACAAUGAAUCCUUCCCAGGACACCGGCUCUGGCGGCAUUCCUGAAGAUAGAAAGCUUUAUGUUGUGGAUUCCAUAAAUGACUUAAACAAACUAAACCUCUGUCCUGCCGGAUCGCAGCGUCUGUUCCCUCUAGAGGAGAAAAUCCCGGACAUCGGCACUAACUCAGGAAAUGGAAACCACAGUCUGUUUUUGGUGGGGCUGAUCAUCAUGCUGAUUGUCAGCCUGGCACUGGUUUCCUUUGUGAUAUUUCUGAUAGUUCAAACUGGCAACAAGAUGGAAGAUGUGUCAAGAAGACUAGCAGCUGAGGGAAAGGACAUAGAUGAUCUUAAGAAAAUCAACAGCAUCAUUGUAAAGCGACUCAACCAACUGGACUCUGAACAGAGCUAAAGGAAUGAUCAUCCAAGAGCAACUGCUAACACCUGAGCGUCUCGCUGUCCUGGGAGGGUACAGGGUUAAGAACCGACCAAGGGCAUAUCUGCAGGCAACAAAAGGCCAACUUUCCACUACAGGGAUGGGAGCAGCUCCAAGGCAAGGGGGGCUGGGGACAGCCGCCAGAAGGGGGCUGAUUUUGUGGUAGGGUCCUUCAGCUUUCAUGGGGUUAAUGGUGGCUGGCAUGGAAGAGAACCAACAGGAAACAAGAACGGGAAUUUGGCUCUGUGUGUACAGCUUCUUUUACGAAAGGAACUUUGGCACCAGAAUAAGUUCACUGUGGCCAGUAAAUUUCAUGACACCUCAUGUAACUUUAUGAACUCCCUGGAAAGCCUAAGGAAUUCACUGAAUUAUUUGUGUUCAAGGGAAUCAGGUGAUAACUCUUUUCAAUAAAAUAGAUUCUGCUCAGGUGAUUA